AUGGUGGAUCAUGAAGAGCAGUUGUCCAAUGAGGAGAAGGUGUGCAUAGCUACAUCCUUCAUAGUUCAUGCUCCACCAGGAGAGUUCAAUGAAGUCUUUAACGAUGUUUGGUUACUGCUCAAUAAUGACAACCUUCUCAGGGAAGGAGCAGCACAUGCAUUUGCACAGUGUAACCUGGACCAGUUUACACCAGUUAAAGUAGAAGGGUGCGAUGUACAGGUUUUGAUAACAGAGCUUGGUGAUCUUGGAAAUGGCAGAUUUUUGGAUCCAAGAAACAAGUUUACUUUUAAGUUUGAUCACUUAAGAAAAGAGGCCAGUGAUCCAAAACCCCAUGAAAUAGAAAAUGCAAUAGAAUCAUGGAGAAAUUCCACAGACAGUGCGAUAAGAGCCUAUGUAAAAGAGCAUUACCCACACGAAGCUUGUACUGUAUAUGGGAAAACCAUUGAUGGGCAACAAACCAUUAUUGUUUGCACUGAGAGUCAUCAGUUCCAAGCUUAUAAUUUCUGGAAUGGACUUCGGAAAUCAGAGUUGAAGUUCAGUAUUACUCCUUCAACAACUCAGGUGGUUGGAAUUUUGAAAAUUCAGGUUCAUUACUACGAAGAUGGUAAUGCCCAGUUGGUGAGUCAUAAAGAUAUACAGGAGUCCAUGUCACUUUCAAAUGAAGCCCAGACUGCAAAGGAGUUUUUAAGAAUUAUAAAAUCUGCUGAGACUGAUUUGUCCCCCACAGAGACUUACCUAUAA